AUGGCUGGGGUGGAGGACGAGGACGAGGACGAGUUCAAGGACGCCCUGGCGGCCGCCGAUCCGCAACCUUGCUCACCAAAGCCACCUCCAAGUCCAAGCCCGCUACUGGCGGCGGCGGUUGCUGGGAGUGGCGCAGGUGCUGGGGAGGAGGAGCUAGGGUUGGUACCGGCCGAGGAAGGGUGGAAUACAGCUAAAGACAGUCGGGAAAAGGAAGGUCUUGCUGUUGAUGGGCGCUCGGCGAACAGAAAUUGUUUCCCGACGCGUGGUCAGGAGGAGGGGGAGCAUUGCUCUGGUGAUGAGUUGGGGGCAGCCAUGGCCCAAGAUCAGGAGGUGGUGGAGGAGGAACAAGGGGCCAUCGAGGAUUGUGCUGCUGUGGUGGAAGAUGAGAGUAACUACUCUACAGUAGAUCAAUGUGCUGGUGAUGAAACAAGGGCAGUCAAGGAUAGCAAUGAUGUGGAAGUAAAUGAGAGGGUGAUCAACCAAGAAUGUGCUGGUGGCAUACUGGAUGCAGCUGAAGAUGGUGUUUUUGUAGGAUUGCAAGAGGAGGAGAAUGUUGUGGUGGAAGAGCAAGGCGUGGAUGUCAUUUCUGUAGAAGAUCAACAUGAGUUGGUGGAGCAGUGGCCUGGUGAUCAGUUGACAACAACCACAGAUGGUAAUGUUGCACAAGAUCAAGAGGUGGUGGUGGAGCAUGAAGGGGCAACUAAGUGGUACACUGCUUUGGAAGCUAUAGAACAAUGCAGCGAUGGUGGAUCAAAACCAGUAAAGAAUGGGGAUAUUGUUGAAGAGGAGAAGGGUGUGGAAGAAGAAGGUGUUGUUGGUCUACUGCUGGAUGCGGCCAAUGAUGGUGCCCCUGUGGAAUCACAAGGGAUCAAGAGGUGGUGGUGGAGCAAGAAGGGGCAACUGAGUGUAAAGGAUGGGGAUAUUGUUGAAGAAGAGAAGGGUGUGGAAGAAGAAGGUGCUGUUGGUCUACUACUGGAUGCAGCCAAGGAUGCUGAUCCUGUGGAAUCACAAGAGGAUGAUGAUUUGGUAGUGGCAGAGCAAAAUGAGGAUGUCAUUUCUUCACAAGAUCAACAUAAAGUAGUGGAGCAGUCCACCGGUGAUCAAUUGAGAACAGGAACAGAUGAUAAUGCUGUACAGGAUCAAGAGGUGGUGGAGCUAGAAGGGGAAACUGAGUGUUACACUGCUGUGGAAGCUGUAGAACAAUGCACCAAUCAUGGAUUAACAGCAGCCAAGGAUGGCAAUGUUGUGGAAGAAAAGGAGAAGGCGGUGGAGCAAGAAGUUUCUGAUGGUGUAAUGGAUGCAGCUAAGGAUUGUGUUACUGUGGAACCACAAGAGGAGAAUGUGGUGGUGGCAGAGCAUGGCGAGGAUGGCAUUUCUGUGCAAGAUCAACAUAAGGUGGUGGAGCAAUGUACCAGUGGUCAACCGGGAACAACCAUGGAUGAUAAUGCUUCAGAAGGUCAAGGGGUGGUGGAGCAGGAAGGUGCCAUUUUUUAUAUGGAUGCAACAACAGAUGAUAUUGCUGUUGAAGAUCAAGAGAAGGAAAUGAAGGAAUCUGAUGGUGAUGAAUCAAGAGCAACCAGGGAUGAAAAUUCUGUGGAAGCUAAGGAUAAGGUGGUGGACCAAGAAGAUGUCGUAGAUCUGGUCGUAGACGAAUACGGUGUGAUCAAGGAUGGCAGUGGUGCGGAGUUACUAGAGAACAACGUAGUGGCUGUAGAGCAAGGUGAGGAUGGCAUCUCUCUAUCAGAUGAGGAUAAUAUGGUGGAACUAUACACAAGUGAUCAGCUGAGAUCAAUCCUGGAUGACCAUGCUGCAGAAAAUCAAAAGGCGGUGGAGCAAGAAGGUGACAUUGUUGAAAGGGUUGUGACCACAAAUCGUAUUGCUGGUGAAGACCAAGAGAAGGAAGUAGAGCAAUCUGCUGGUGAUGAAUCAAGGUCAACCAAGGAUGAGAAUGGUCUGGAAGAUAAUGAGAAUCUGGAUCCAGAAGAUGUGAUCAACAUACAAGGUGUGAUCAAUGAUGACAGUUGUGUGGAGGCACAAGAGGAGGGCGUGGUGGUUGCAGAGCAAGGUGGGGAUGCCAUGUCUGCAGGAGAUGAGGGUAAUGCGGUGAAGCAAUGCACCAAUGAUAAGCUGAGAGCAACCAUGGAGGAUAAUGCUGCAGAAUUCCAAGAGUUGGUGGAACAAGAAGGUGCCAUUUUUGAAAAGGGUAUGACUGCUGGUGGCAUUACUGUUGAAGAUCAAGACAAGGAAGCGGAACAAUCUUCAGGUGACGAAUCAAGUGUAACCGAGGGUGAGAAUGCUGUGGAAGAUAACAAGAAGGUGGAUCAAGAAGAUGCCAUUAACAGACAAGGUACAGCUAAGGAAGACAGUGGUGUGGAGCCACAAGAGGAGGAGAACGUUGUGGAUCCAGAUCAAGGUGUGGAUGGCCUUUCUGUACUAGAUGAGGGUAAUGUGGUGGCACAAUGCACCAGUGAUCAAUUGAGAACAACCAUGGAAGAUAAUGCUGCAGAAUUGCAAGAGUUGGUGGAGCAAGAAGGUGAUGAAUCAAGAGCGACCAAGGGUGAGAAUGCUGUGGAAGAUAAAAAGGUGUAUCAAGAAGAUGCCAUUGACAAACAAGGUGCAGCUAAGGAUUGCAGUGGUGUGGAGUCACAAGAGGAGAACAUGGUGGUUCCAGAUCAAGGUAUGGAUGGCCUUUCUGUACUAGAUGAGGGUAAUGUGGUGCCGCAGUGCACCAGUGAUCAACUGAGAACAACCACAGAUAAUAAUGCUGCAGUUGAUCCAGAGGUUCUGGAGCAAGAAGGUGUUGGUAGCGUACUGGGUGCAGCCAAGGUUGGCAUUGCUGUGGAAGAAUCGCGAGAGGAGGACAUCAUGGUGGCAGAGCAAGUUGAAGAUGGUGUUUUUGUACAGGAUCAAGAUGAGGCAGUGGAGCAACGCACCAGUGAUCAACUGAGAACAAUCACAGAUAAUAAUGCUGUGGAAGAUCAAGAGGUACACAGAGAGAAGAUUGUUCUCUCUGAAGGAUAUCCACAGAGGCCUGGUAAACUGAACUGCCGUUUUUACAUGUCAACCGGGAGCUGCUCAUAUGGGUCAUCAUGCCACUUCAAUCAUCCACGGCUCAAAGCAAAACUGGAAGUUUCAAGUUUCCCUUCUGAACAAAGAAAUCAUGAAGUUGAAUUUCUGGAACUGAACCGUGUUGGCCUCCCCAUUCGAGAAGGAGCAAGGAAGUGUACCUAUUACAUGCGUAAUGGUACAUGCAGAUAUGGAAAGAAAUGUUGUUAUAACCAUCCAGAGCAAGUUCUUGAUGUUCAACUCCACACGGCAACAGGAUGGGAUGAUACUAACUUGCAAUCUUCACCACACUCAAAGAAGUCACCUGAACAUGGAACCAUGGAUGACAUAUCGUCUGGAUCUGAGAUUCUUCCUCCAAACAUACUUUGGAUGCUUUUACCUCCUCAGAAUGUGCCCCCUUGUACAGAAGAAAAGGAAAUGAGGAUAAAAAAGGAUCCUGAUUGGGCAUCUGCUUCAGGUGAUUCUGAUGGCUGCUGCUCGGCGGAUAGUUCAGAUGGGCCUUUGUGCAAGCAGGAACAUGGGGACUAUCCUGAGAGGCCUGAAUGCCCUUUCCUUCUGAGAUUUGGUAAUUGUAGGUUUGGAUCAUCGUGCCAAUAUUACCAUCCAAAAGACAAAUUUUCAAGUACCUACCAUCCAGAAGACAAAUUCCAAAGUAGAUACCAUCCAAAAAAAGAGCCAGCACUAUCAGGAGAACUGAUGGUUUAUCCUGACAGACCUGGUGAACCUGAGUGCCCCUUCGAUGUGAAAACCGGGUCCUGUAAAUUUGGUGCAAACUGUAAGUUUCAUCACCCGAAGGAUAUAAACCCAAGCAUGCAGGGUCCAGCAAGUCCAAAAAGGUCAGUUGCUGCAAACGAACACCACCCUGCAGCUAGAACCACACUACAAGAUCAGAUGUACCAGCAACAAAAAUAUCCUGAGAGGCCUGGUCAACCAGAUUGCCGGUACUACAUGCAAUUUGGGAAAUGUAAAUUUGAAUCAGCAUGUAUAUUCAAUCAUCCAAAAGAACUUUCAAGUGGGUGGCAUCCGGCAGAAUGCCCAUUCUACAUGAAAACUGGGACAUGCCAAUUUGGAUCAGCUUGUGAAUUUUAUCACCCGAAAGAUCGGUGCCCAAGCAGAGGGCAACAGGAACAGGCAAUAUAUCCUGAAAGGCCUGGUGAACUUGAGUGUCCUCACUACAUGAAGCAUGGCUACUGUAAAUUUCAGAUGAACUGCAAAUUUCAUCAUCCAAGAGAUCGUCUUCCAAAGAAAUAG